AUGCCUGUCGCUUCUUCGAACUCUCUGGAGCAGCAGGUAGAAGGUCCACGCUUUGUUGCUCUUGGCGGAGUAUGGCUCGACGAAAUAAGGAAAGGGGGCAAGACAGUCCGUGAGGAUGUUGUCGGAGGCUCAGUCACAUUUGCAACUUUGGGAGCCCGACUAUUUUCGCCAAAGGAUCCAGCGAACAUCUGCUUGGUACUAUUGAAAGGAGCGGGGUUUCCAGUCAAUAUGAUCCAUUUGUUUCAAAGCUGGAAAGUGGAUCUCAUACUUCUGGCACGUGAAGACGUACCAACCGCGAGAGGCGUUGUCCAUUAUGGGGCAUCUGAGAGUGAGCGCUACUAUGAGCGGCUGACUCUGCCGCUGAACACGAGUCCGGAUGACUUGACAAAGUCUGUCAUCCUUUGUGCUCGAUGCUUCCACUUCUUCGAAGUUCCAGCCACACUCUCGGAAUCGGUAAGCAAGAUCUUGAAUGCACGUCGGUCACAGCACGAUCUGGAAAGACCUCUCCUCAUCUGGGAACCACAAGCAAAAUCAUGCAGUCCGAGAAGUCUUGAAGAACAUUUGAUGGCUGCUGCAAUGAUCGAUGUAUUCUCUCCGAACCACAUGGAGUUGGCCAGCUUCUUCGGCGGCGUAUCAGAUACAGAAUUCGAUCGUUGUCGAGUAGAGACGCACGCGGCGCGCUUCGUACAAGCAGGAAUCGGUCCCGGCAAUGGCUGUGCGGUGAUCAGAUGUGCCGAACAUGGCUGUCUAAUCACGUCUAGAACGAUCUCGCCAACAUGGCUCCCAGCAUAUUACAGUGCGGACUCGAAGAGUGUUAUAAAUACUACUGGCGCCGGAAAUGCUUUCCUCGGAGCAUUUGCGAUAGGGUAUCAAGAGACUGGUAGCUAUGUGGAGGCUGGGAAGUAUGGAGCCGUUGCGGCAAGUCUCGUAGUGGAACAAGUGGGUCUGCCGACCCUGACAGGCGAAGGUGUUGGGGAACUUUGGAAUGGCGAAAGUACAGCACACCGACUAGAGGAAUAUAAGAGGCGAUGUGAAGUCGGAGGACGGAGUUGA